AUGCGAAGCGUGGUAGCAGUUGCAGUGGAAGGAGUCGCCGUCGCGCCACCCGUUAACUUCCUCCGACUCACAACAGCAGCUUUGACGAAGCAGGGACAUUACACUUCAGAUCUUUGUCUCUUCCAAGGUUCCCCUUCGUGCCAUGAAAGCUUCUGUGCCAACUACAUCUCACACCACCCCCAAACCCUCAAAACACUUUGCUCGAUCCCACACUCUCGACUCCUCGAUUCGACUCUCAGUAACUCGGCCUACCUGCUUCACCCCUUUUUCAUCAUAGAAGCAGCCAACAUCGCUCAACAUGCCUUCCACACGACAUUCAAGGAUCUACUUGUCAAUGGAAAGUACUCUGAUUUGUUUAUUGCAUGUCACGACGACACAUACAACGUACAAAAGGCGAUAGUUCCAGGCAAGGAGCAUGAAGAAGGCAAGGUUGAUCUCGCCGAGUACGAUCCUCGAGCUGUCAAGGCUCUAGUGCAGUACCUUUACGAGGUAGAGAACAAUACAAAUCUCCAAGACAACGAAAAGGUGGAAGCUUCAACGCCGGCACCCAACAAGAAGAACAACAACUUCCAUUAUGAGAUCCCACACACCUGCAUGUACAAAAUCGGAGAGAAGUACCAAGUCAUCAGCUUGAAGGAUCUGGCCGCUGAGAAGUUCUCUCGGAGUCGCCGGAAAUACUGGAAUGACAAGGAGUUCCCCGAGGCCGUACAUAAUGCUUUCACGACCACGAUGGAGUAUGAUGUGGGUCUAAGGCAGCCGGCGACCAAGACCAUUUCGAAGCACAUGAAGCUUCUAAAUAAGCCGGAGAUGACCAAAUUGAUUCCAAGCUUGUUGGAAUUGUGGGCGAAGGAUGUGGGGUAG